AUGAACAACUAUUCUGUGGUCAAUCAUGUUGCCUCAUCGUUCUUCUUGGACGAAAAGGUCACAGAUGGCCAAAAGGAAGUGGUUGAGCUGACUUUACAGGGACCACAACAUGUCUUGGAGCAAGUCCAAGGCGAGAAGCUGGUGACCUCGAUUGUUGGUGUGACUUUUGACAAUUACGCCGAUGGUUAUCGCCACGUGUUACGUACCAGCUUUGUCGCGGAAUGGGAAAACAAAAGGGCGAAGUCGCGAGAGUUGACGCCGAAUUGA